CACAACUAACAUACCACUCUUCCCUUCAAAAACAGCCCCAAACCACCAUUCUUCCUAGACAUUUUCACACCUUUAUGUACAUAUAUAUACAUCUCUUUACAUGUCUCCAACAUAUAUGUAUAUAUAUAAAUACCCAUGAGCUCCAUAGCUCUCAAUAUAUAACCUCUCAACUCCCCCUCUCUUUCUCUCUCUAAACUCUAUGAACAGCUCUAUUGUAGAACAUGAGGAGACCUUCUUGUGAUAAGCAAGAGAAGGACAAGGGAGUGUCGUCGAAGCCGGAGGAUGAGAAGCUCGCGGAGUGUAUCCGAGUUCAUGGGGAAGGUUGCUGGAGAUCACUCCCUAGAGCAGCAGUAGGAUUGCUUUGGUGCGGGAAAAGUUGUAGGAUACGGUGGAUAAAUUACCUUCGCCCCGAUGAGAAGAGGAGAAACUUCAAUGAGGAUGAAGAGGACCUCAUUAUCAAGCUCCAUGCAUUGCUCGGAAACCGUUGGUCGUUGAUAGCCGGGCGGCUUCCAGGGCGAACGGACGAUGAGGUGAAAAGCUACUGGAACUCUCACCUAAAGAGGAAGAUCAUAACCAUGGGAAUCGGCCCGAGCAACCACCGCCUCUCGACGCGCCCGAUCCAUUCCUCCCCCCGCCAUGGACCACCACUCAACACGGUCGUUUCGAACAACGAUCGCGCCACACACCGUGAACGCGAAUGCAUCGAGUGUGAUCGCAUUUCCGACGCCGAGAGUUGCCUCGAAGACAUUGGUGCUUGCGCGACCCCGGAAAUCAAUCUUGAUCUUACGAUCUCCAUGCCUUCUUCUAAUAGCAGUGCAGUUGAGGAGAAGCAGCAGGUAGAGGAGAAUAAUGAGUGGGAGGGGUUCAUAGAAGGUGGAAAAGUAUCCAAUCCAACUCUGCUUUUGUUUCGAUAAAUUUGCUGAUCAUCAGUUAGGGUAUGUUUGGUUCAUGAUUGGAAUAAAAAUAAAAAUAAAAUUGGAUUGCAUCAGAAUGAGAAAUAAAA